UUUUUCUCCUCCUCUCCCACUAACCUUUUCAGUUUCCAAUGAAAGACCAGUAGUCUAGUCUACUAGUCUCCCCUCUCUCUCUAUCUCUCAUUGGUGGCUUCAUGAUGUUUGACAGAGAAAAACAAGCAAACAAACAUCAUCCCCUCAACAAUAGAUCCAAAUUAUAACAGGAAAUUGGGAUUUUGAUUUGAAGAUAGAUGGCAAGAGAGAAGAUACAGAUCAAGAAGAUCGAUAAUGCGACGGCGAGGCAGGUGACCUUCUCCAAGAGGAGGAGAGGGCUUUUCAAGAAGGCUGAGGAGCUAUCAGUUCUUUGUGAUGCUGACGUGGGGCUUAUUGUCUUCUCUUCUACUGGCAAGCUCUUUGAGUACUCCAGCUCCAGCAUGAAGGAAAUAUUGGAGAGGAAUCAUUUGCACUCAAAAAACCUUGAGAAGAUGGAGCAACCAUCUCUUGAGCUGCAGCUUGUAGAGAACAGCAAUAUGUCCAGGUUGAGUAAAGAAGUUGCAGAAAAAAGCCAUCUAUUAAGGCAAAUGAGGGGAGAAGAACUGCAAGGAUUAAUGAUAGAAGAUUUGCAGCAGCUCGAAAAGUCUCUCGAAACCGGAUUGAGCCGUGUCAUUGGAAGGAAGGGUGAAAAAAUCAUGGAGGAGAUUACUGGCCUACAAAGAAAGGGAAUGUUAUUGAUGGAAGAGAACGAGCGUUUAAGACAGCAAGUGGUGGAGAUAUCAACAAGUAGGAAAGGGCAGCAGUUUACAGCUGAAUCUGAUCAGAAUGUGGUGUAUGAGGAAGGCUUGUCGUCGGAGUCUGUAACCAAUGCCAGCAACAACUCUGGUGGACCUCCUCCCCAUGAUAUUGAAAGCUCCGAUACUUCACUCAAAUUGGGGUUACCUUAUUGAGGCUGGGAGGAAAGGCAAAGGUGUUAUCCGACUGCUAACGACCCAGAAAAACUUCUUGGCUUGCAGUUGGAAAACAUGGAACCGUCUUUAAUUUCAUGUCAAAUAUUUCUUUUAUUUUCUUUAGCCUUGAUGGGUAUGUAACUGAACCAAAAUUGCAUCACUGCUACCUGAUUAAAUUAAAAUAUGCAGUGGGCUGAAGUAGCUUAACAAAUCAA